AAAAGUCCUUUUCCCGAUACCGCGAAAUUAGAUCCCCGCGAACUUAAAUGCAUUUACAGUAAUCAUCUUCCCUUUUUGUGAUUUGCCCUAAGGCAUUUCCCUAAAUUCUAGGCUAACAGAAGAAUAGAAACGUAUACUCUAGACAUGUUUCCUGCGGCAAUUCCUCUAUAGGGACAGACUGUAGCUGUUUAACAGUAUUGUCAAGUCAAGAGACAGUCACUCUUGUUCACAUGUUGGUGCAUGUCGUCUUGAAAAUAACAGAUACCGGCCAUUCUUUCCAUGAAGAGUUUCUGACUUCAAGCAGGAUCCACGAAGAGUGUUUGGAUGCUACAGAACACUUAGGACUUACUCCAACGUUUUCAGUGUUUUCCAGAAAGGACGGGAGAAAACAGACAACGUCUUGACUAUUCAGUACGUAAGGCCAAUCUAUUGAUUCAAUAGCCAUGGUGACUUCUCGUCAUGUUAUCUUGUUUACUAUUUGUCUGUGUCUCCAAGGCUUCACGACAAGUGGACUCAAUGUCGGCUUGAACGUUUCUGUCCCUGAGAACGCCGCAGUCGGAAGGAAUGUUGUCAGUCUGUCGGCCAGACUGGGAAAACAGCGGGAAGGUGACGGUAGGUGUAGACUUGUAUCCGGUGAUCCGUAUGGACGAUUUACUAUCAAUACAAACUGCACUGUUCUGAUAGCUAACUCCUUGGAUAGAUCGGUCACGUCGGAGUACACUCUGAGAGUCGGUGUCAGUAGUUGGUCCACAGAAAAGACUCCUAACAUUGUCAGUGUCCGGAUACAUGUAGAGGAUGUCGAGGGCUAUCCUCCUGUGUACAACGAAAGCUGUGCGAUACCUACCAAGGAACCACGCCAUGCCGGAAAUCCGUUGUCUUUAGGCCUUCUUCUUGACAUAGAAGGUACGACCAGCGAUGGAGAUUACUUCAGCAUAUUUGAUGGUGCAAAUUCUGUCGACUUAUGGAUGCACAAUAUGAAAGAGGAAGCAAUAGAAACAACCGGGGAAGGAGACUGUAACUUUCAGCUUGUGUGGGCUGUGCUAGUCGAGAAACGUCGCCGAAUUUUCCGGGCGCUGUGGGACGCCGGAUUGCGUAACUGGUCUUGUUCAGAUGACUCAGACCAGGGUUCGAACCAACUUUCUUACUCGCUUUUCAUGACACCACAAGGAGUAGAUAUACCAACUCAACAUGAAUGGAUAGUGAACAACGUGAGUAAUAUUUAUCAGUUUACCGGCACCUGGGUAUCGCAAGAAGGUAGUCGUCUGGCCUGUAAGUUGCCAAGUUUUAGACCAGGCGUCAACAUGGUAUUCCGAGGAGAAAGAUCGUUUCAGAUCGACAGUAUACAGAAGUUCGACAUGAUUCUAUAUCCGGUCGGUUGUGAAGCUGGAAAAUACGGCAUCACCUGUCAAAAGACGUGCAUCUGUAAGAACGGUGCCCUCUGUCAUGUCUUCAACGGAGCCUGCAAAUGUACCCAGGGGUGGCAGGGCGUGGCAUGCGACAUCCCCAAACCCUCAGUUGGUAUUGAGACGGCGCCUAGCGACCCUCAACAUAUUACAAUCUUUGGGAAUGUGACGCUUCGCUGCAGAGCCCAUCAUGUUGUAGUCAGGACUCUGCACUGGCAUUUCCCGAAUGGCUCAAAGAUGGCAACGAGUGGUGUCAAUGAGUCAGUAGUUAUAUUUACCAAGCUUCAAACAAAUGAGGAAGGAAUUUAUACCUGUACAGCUAUAACAUCUACAGGAGAAGUGAUGGCAACCACGUUCCUUCUAAACGCAAGUUGUCCCGAGGACAGGAAAGGGUGGCGGUGUACAGAAGUCUGUGGCUGUGAGCGGGUCCGCUGCGACAGGUGGGCCGGCUGCAUCUGUGGCGAGGGGUGGACAGGAUCCAGGUGUCACACAAGAUGUCCAGAAGGCACGUACGGGAGAGGCUGCACACGACAGUGCACCUGUCAGUACGGAGUCUGUAGACCUAGCGAUGGGAGCUGUAACUGCAGGGCCGGCUGGUACGGAUCGGACUGCAGCCGUCCGUGCGUGAACGGCAGGUACGGACGGAGAUGUCAGUACACCUGUGCGUGUCGUCAUAACGCCAGCUGUAGUCACGUGGACGGCAGCUGCCAAUGUGUAGGAGCCUGAACGGGCAGGUAUUGUGACGUCAUGAAGGGUGA